AAUAAUUAUCCCACAACUCCCUCUCUGUUUUUACAUCUUGCAAGAAACAUAUUGGAUCCUAUAUUGCAAUGAAUCCAAUAACUAGUAUUGUUCAGAAAAUAAUAACUGAUAUUCCAAUUACUCAAAGUGCACGAAUGUUCCUGCGAUCCGCGCGAUUCAAAUAUCCCGCCUAGCGCUGCGGCUUCGAGUACGCCGGCGCGCCGCCGGAUGCCGCUAGUCGCGGGCACAUCCGCAGAAUCAAAAAAGACAGUUGUGAAGUGUAAUGUCGCACAUCGAUUCGGCGGCCCGCGUCGAGCCCGAAAAAAACUUUCCUUUUCCGCGUUCCACCGGGGCUCCGGCCGUGUCCGUGCUCGUGACAAAGCCGCGCGUUGAUCCACCGUCUAACGUUGACGCGCGCGUACGCGCGUGGUGCGGUGAACGUAAGUGACUCCGAUCGAAUCGGCCGUCGUGCACCGAACCGUCGUGCUGAUGGAAACGUGACUGUCUCUCGGUUGUGCGGUGCUUCGUGUCACUGUCAGCAGCAGCAGCAGCAACGGCAACCGUGACGGCGGCAGCAACUACACCAGCGACAGCAACCCCCUGCAAACCCGAGCCCUCCGUCUCUCGCGAGCCGUGUCAUCGACACCGAGGGAGGCAGGUUCGGCGUGUUGACAACGGCCGCGCGGUGGAGGUCACUGCAUCGCGGUUAGCAGCGUUGCAGUGGCUACGUCGGCGAGGUACGAGGACGGCGGCGACGGCGACGGUGACGGUGACGACGACGUCGACGUGGAAGACGACGACGACGUGAUCGCGCCGCGGGAGUAGUGGGGUCGAAAAUCGGCACUUGCCCAGUGUCACCGUCCCUCGCGUUCUCGCACCCCCGAUGGUUCUCGCUCUCUCGUGUACCCCUUCCGAAAUCCACUGCCCCUAUCUUUCCACCCCCAGUGCGCUCUCUACGCAUACUGCCUGCGGAGCCUCUCCGCCAUAUCCACGUGCGUGCACGUCGCGUGUCGCGUACAUUGGUGCACGCGUAAUCACGCACACAGAGGAGCGCAGCUCCGUGACGGGAAAAGAGAACGAGAGAGAGAAAGAGAGAAAGGUCCGCGUUAAUACGAACGCGCCUGCGCACGCGAGGUCGUCGUAGUGGGGGCACCAACCCUCUUUUGAUAGGGUGCACUCCGCUUGGUGGGGAGCGCGUGUCACCUGUCGCGACGUCAGUGUGACGGCGACCGUCAGCGGGCGCGGAUGGUCGACGUGCGCGCUCGCGCUUGAGAUCGCUCCGUAAAAAAGAGGACCGUAACGUCGCUUACUCGGACGCAGCAGCCUCCCUCGCGCGUGGACGCUUGAACGCGUGAGCGCGAGUGCCGGCCGCGUUUUCAUCCUCGCGUCGUCAUCCUCCUCGCUUGGACGCGCGUGUCCAAACGCGCGCGCGCGCGCUCUCGUACCCUCCCGAAGGUGAAUGUGCCGCUUGGCCGCAGCGGGGCGGCCGAUCGUCCCCGAUCGGGAAACAUGCGUGCGUCGGAACGCCGGUGGACGGCCGUGGAUGCAACGACCGCAACGGGAAACCACGACGAGGUCGCGCUGCACGUGGUGACUGCCGCGACACCCGCGCACCUCCCGACGCAGUGAAGAGUGUCGAAGAGAAAAAGAGAACGCGACGCGUCGCACACCCCGCCGAUACGAUCGACGAGCCACGGGUGAAUUUGUUGUCGUCGAGCACGGUGCCUCGUCGCCGCCUCGUCGAGCGUAGUGGUGACGGUGAUAUUGCCGCGUGACAGUGCGCGAAUACGCGUGUUCUUCAGGGAACACCGUUUUACGCGUGUGCCGUACUCGAGAUCGUUCCUCCGACGGUGCCCGCGGCGGAGACUGCGAAUCCUGGCACGUAAUUCCGCUCGGGGUACCUGCGACAGCAUCGCGAGGAGAAGAUGAGGCGCGCCAGCCUCCGCGCCGCCCCAGGGAUGCGUCCGUUGCUGUCCUGCUGGUGCGUCAUCGCGACGCUCACCCUCGCCCUGGCCGCGUGGCAGGAAAACGUUAGGCCGAAGAUGUACGUCCAGCUAGGUGCGGAGGAUGUGUUCCGGUUUACGGGAAACGAGACGCACACCGACUACUUUCGGCUGGUGCUCAGGGACGGGAACUACCUUCUGGUCGGCGGAAGGAACCUCGUGCACAAUCUCAGCCUGACCGACCUGACAGAGCAGCAGAGGCUGACCUGGUACUCGACGGAGAACGACGUAAAGAUGUGCGUCGUGAAGGGCACGCCCGAGGAAAACUGCCAGAAUUACAUUCGCAUCCUGGUGAAGACUGGGUCGAGCAAUCUCUUCGUGUGCGCCACGAACGCCUUCAAGCCCAUGUGCCGCGAUUAUAUGGUCCAUGCGGGCAAUUAUUCGAUGAUGAAGGAAAAGGGCGGCCAGGCGCGUUGCCCUUAUGAUCCGCAACACAACAGCACCUUCGUUUAUGUGGACGGUGAACUGUACACCGGCACGGUCGCUGAUUUUGCUGGCAUGGACCCCAUCAUCUACAGGGAGCCGCUGCAAACUGAGCAGUACGACUCGAUGAGUUUAAACGCACCGAACUUUGUGAGCUCCAUGUCCCAAGGAGACUUCGUCUACUUCUUCUUCAGAGAGACCGCCGUGGAAUACAUGAACUGCGGCAAGGCCGUGUACUCUCGCGUGGCACGAGUCUGCAAAUACGACCGAGGCGGACCGCAUCGUUUCCGUAACAGGUGGACGUCCUUCCUCAAGUCUCGUCUCAAUUGUUCCGUCACAGGGGACUUUCCGUUCUACUUCAACGAGAUACAGUCGACGACCGAGCUGAUAUCCGGCCAGUAUGGUGGCACGUCGGCGCAACUGAUAUACGGCACCUUCACAACGCCGGUGAACAGCAUAAGCGGAUCGGCGGUUUGCGCGUUCUCGCUGCAGGACAUCGCCGACACGUUCGCCGGCAAUUUCAAGGAGCAGAGUGCCAUGAACUCGAACUGGCUGCCUGUCCAGGACACGAAGGUGCCGGACCCGCGUCCGGGACAGUGCACCAACGAUUCGCGCACGCUGCCGGAUCUGACACUCAACUUCAUCAACACGCACUCGCUAAUGGACGAGUCGGUGCCGAGCUUCUUCGGCCAGCCGAUCGUCAUACGCACCAGUUUCCAUUACAGGUUUACCCAGAUCGCCGUGGAUCCCCAGGUGAAGACGCCAGGUGGCAAGACCUACGAUGUCCUCUUCAUCGGCACGGACAACGGUAAGGUGAUCAAGGCGGUGAACGCCGAGUCCGCUGACUCGCAUCAAAAGGUCAGCCCGGUUGUGAUCGAAGAGAUACAGGCGUUCCCCCCGACGGUGCCGGUACGCGGGAUCAAGGUUAUCCGCGCCUCGCAGGCGGGCGACGGUCUUGAAGACGGCCGGCUGGUCGUCAUCGCCGACAGCCAGGUGCAGGCACUGAGGCUGCACCGCUGCUACAGCGACAGGAUACUCUCCUGCGGUGAGUGCGUCGCCCUGCAGGAUCCGUAUUGCGCCUGGGACAAGGUGGAGGGCAAGUGCAGAGCGUUGGUAGGCCCGGCAGCAACGGAUGCCAGCAGAUUCCUGCAGAGCGUCGCCACCGGCAUGCACGCAUCUUGUCCGCCAAGCAAGAGCUUGAACAAGGACGCCAGCAGUGUUGGCGCCAUUUCUGCCAAUCAGAACAAGUUCCCGCCGGACUCGAUGAUACCGAACAAAGAGAGUCAGGGCGGCGAGAUCAUCAACAUCAUGCAGGAGGUAGAGCAGGCUAACUCAGGUCCGGAAGUAUCCGCGGCCGAUACGCCUCCGCCACAGUACUCCGUGGAGACGCUGGUAAUGGCCGUGGUGGCUGGUGCGCUAGCCGCGCUGUUCGUCGGCUUCGUCGCCGGUUACUUGUGUGGUAGGAAGUGCAGAAAAGACGAGGAUGACAAUCUGCCGUAUCCGGACACGGAAUACGAGUACUUUGAGCAACGCCAAAACGUAAACAGUAAUGUCUGUUUAUCCACCUUCAGCAGGUUGGCGCCCGAGCCCAAGCUGCUGCCGCAAGAGGAGGUGACGUACGCGGAACCGGUGCUGGUUCCGCAGCCGCCGAAACUUCAGUCGCCGAAGGGCACCAUGAGGAAACCGCCGCCCACGCCCACGGAAACCCUCUUCCAGUUCCCGGAUGGCUACGGCUUCCGCGGCGGCCCGCGCGGCGACAACUUUGGCACCUUGCGCUCUCAUCAGGGCGACGCGUAUCGCCGCAACGAUGGCUUUGCAACCACACGCAGCGUCAAGAAGGUUUAUCUCUGAGAAACGAGCGAGGAGGGGGGUGGCCGUCACCGGAGCUUAGGACGGCCAGCGCGUAACCGCCACAACGCGACGACGGCCGGCAGGAGUAGUCGCGCUGUGACGUCCGGGGGACAGUCGAAUCGUGAGCUCGCCGGCCCGAGGGCACUGGAAUCGCCCUCGCCGUCGUCGAGCGUAUCAUCGAGUUCCCCGUCCCCUCCCUCCUCGUCACCCUCGCCCACCCUCGUACCGAUCGCCAUGAGCGGCCAGCAGCCGCCGCCGCCGCCAACGCCACCCUGCAGCUUCAUCUAUCGAUCAUAGUCAUCGUCGCUACCGUCGUCGCCGUCGCCGUCAUCGUCGUCGUCGUCGUCGUCGUCGUCGUCGUCGUCGUCAUCGCCGUCAUCAUCGCCGUCGCUAUCGCGAUCGUCAUCGUACUCUGCUUUCUGCCCGGCGACGCGAGGGGAUGAGAGAGAGCGCGAGACAGAGCGUUUUGCGCGCGAUUUCGAAAUGUACAGAAUGUAUGAUCGAGACGAGAGCCCAGGCCAGAGAUCGCGCAGUACUUCGAUGGAUGCCGCGGUGUUUUUCUUUUCUGCCUUCGAUCCUGAAUUUCUUUGUUUCGCGCGUGGCUUUCGUUCUGAUGCUUGGCGUUGCUUUGGCGUGACGAAGAGUUAGGAAGCGACGUUGCGGCUUCGCUCGUCGAUCGAGUCUAGAUGUUUGUUUGCGUAGCAGAAAUUGUUCGAGGGAUCCGCCCUGCGAAUCGAUCGUCCAUCAUGUGCGUUGGGAAGCGUCGAGUCGACACACAGCCGUGCACAGGGCAGUUUGUUUUCGCGAAUUCACGAAUCGUCGCAAGCGUCAUAGUACAGCAUCUCCAUGAUCCUCGACGACAUUUCAGCGGAAGUGGCCCGACGGACGUUACGUUGAUCGCUAACUCGUUUAUCCGUACACGUUGCAGAAGCGAUUCACACGAGCACAAACAUAUUAGCAUAGCAAUUUGCCGGUUAUCGUAGGUCUUUAGCACUGUUUCGCAAAAAAGAAAAAAAAUAAACGAGCGAGUAGACUAAAGAGAGCAAAAAAGAUUCUAUCUACGGUUAUCGACGCUCGAACGUAUGAGACUCGAGUGAACUUUGGUGAUUAGGCUCGAUUGACAAAAUAGUGCGAACGUAUUACGCGGCGGUUCGCGACAAAAUGUCGUAAUCUCCACUAUUUUAUUAAUUGACAAUUAUAUAAUAAUCGAGAUCGAUAUGUGUGUGUGUGUAAUUGUAAAGCCACACGGAGCAUAUAGUACUACGACGAGGCUUUUUUCAUAAAGUCAAUUAAAGGAGACUAUCCGCAAACACUCGAAACACACGCAAUUUUUCUAAUGUUGUAAUAUUUAAUAUGAGUGAUCGAUAGUGCCAUUAUAUAGACCACGUAACACUGCUGCGUGCCUCGAAAUUAUAAAGACGAUCGUGAUGAUCAUCGACGUUGUUGGCCGAAUGUUUUUCGCGAUUGGCCGAGUUGGAUCAUGUUGAUUGCACUUAAUUAAUUGUACAUAAUAACGGCUCUAUAUAUAUCCUGUUCCUUUUGUAGCUGCCGCAUAUUAUUUCGCAAUUAUUUUAUUCUAUUUUAUUUAUAUUAAACAUUAUUGUAAAUUAUAUGGUUAUUAUUUACACACCGCGUAGAUACUAUUAAAUUUCUAGAAAUUUUAUUCGGACAUGAUGGCAUAAUUUUUUAAAAGCGUUAAUGAAAGUCCGUUGGUUUUUUAAUGCAAUAUGUACAUUGCAAAGUAUUUUUCUUUCUUUUUAUUUAUUAUCUUGAUAAAAUAUUGGUUUUACUCGGUGAUGUACUUUGUUAUCGCAUGCAGGAACUCGCAUCAUGCAUAAAAUUGUGGAGAUUGCUAUAUUGCGUGAUUUAAAGAUGCGUUGAUUGAUGUAUCCGCAUAGCAGCCGACCGAUACGAACUACGUUGCUGCUGUACAGGGAUGUGUUGAAACGGUCGUCCGAAGGCGGCCGCCGAUUUCUAGUUUCUUGUCGGUUCAUCUCUGGUUCUGUGUAUGCUUCGGAGACGCGCGUUCUCAACGCCUGCACAUAUACGUAACGGAGAACGAAGAAAGAGAGAAUGGAGGAAACGGUGAGAGGCACAGCGCUUAUAUGUACAUAAUACAUAUAUACAAAGCAUAUACAUCAGUUAUGAAGGAAGGAGUACGAAAGGGAAAAACGGAAAAUCAGUCCAUCUUACCUGGGCCCGAUGGUGUAUGUAGACAUCUAUCUUAAAGUGCUUCUUAUUUCAGUGUGUUUAGAAGUAAACGUGUAUGUGAUAUAUAUUCUAUAUAAGAUGCUUUCCGAGCAUCGGAGGGUGAGAAAAAGAAAGAAAGAGAGAGAGAGAGAGAGAGAGAUGGGCGUGGAGAGGAGCUUUUUAACUUUGGGGCUCUCUCGACGGAUCCGGGACGAGACAGGCGCAACGCGGUGAUAAAUCUCACACGGUCUUUUGUUCACAAGAAUUCGUCGCUGCGCUUUGUAGGUAUCCUUUUUGUACGAUUUUUCGUAUCCAUUUAUAUACGCAUACGCAUGCACGCACGCACGCGCGCGCGCGUUUACAAUCAGAUUCUCCUUGAUUUCCGACAUCUCUGUCUCCCGCAAUUCUGGUAUCGCGAAAGAGCUACAUUUCAGCAGACCGCCUUUCAUCGAUCGUGGAAUUUUGUGAACAAUCGAACCUGAAGUCUCUGACACGCACACAAGCACACGAGACACGGAUGCAGACUACAGGUUGUAUAAACCUCUGUAAACUCCAAAUGCCGCCCCUUUUUUUAUUAAUCAUUUUAAAAGACGUUUAGUUGGUUGAGUUUGUAUUAAAAUGUCCCUCUCCCCCGCGAGAGCUCGCCCAAAAAUCACCCCUCAAACGGUAAGACUGAACUGAUCCCCCAAGGGCGAGUAUCUCUCAAACUCAUCCCGUUUUCUUAAUCGACUUUCGAAUUUCGUGAUCGGUAUGGGGACGAGAAGCACACGUUUUAUUUCGACGACGCAAGUACAAAUUCCGAUCAAACUCUCUUACCGUUAAUUAAAUGUGAUUCUCCCGUUCCAAGCACAAAUUAUUCUUUAUCGCGCUUCGCGAGGAAACUGACGGAAUUCCAUGAAAAAUUCAAGUCGAGAAAACGAAUUGUUAGCUACGCUAUUGAUGAAACAUAAUUGAACAGCGUCUCCAGGGGUGGCCAGCGCGUACCCCGGGACGCCCAUUCAUUUCUCUAAUGACUGUCAAAUGAUUGUCAAACGAUUGUCACGUGCAUAAUUACGUCGGAGUAUCCGGAAACUGCCAGGCGGCACGUUAUAAUCAUAGACUGUAGAAUAAAACCGAUACUUUGUGCUUGAAACAAGUAGCGACAGAGAACACUCCCCGCGGGGGGUAUUCCCCGCGUGGUUCUUGAAGCUGCCAUAUAAUCGAUUCGACACGCUGUGUCGUCGCAAGUACGUUUAAUUGUCUCUCCGGAGCCGAGUAGCGUUUCUGAUCGCUUGUUCCGCACGAACCGCGCGAAUCUUUUUUCUAAGUUUGAUACGACAAACGACUCGUACCGGUACCACCCGCGAAUAAGGUUCUAAUAAUUGUUUAGUGAUUUUUUCGUAAAUGGAAGACUCAGGCAUGAUACCAAAGAUAUUAAUUAAUCGUAAACUAGACACCGUUGGUCAUUGUGAUGGUUAAUCGUUAGAAGGCGCACAAAACGAUAUUCAUUAACGAUAAGAAGAGGUGCCCCCCCCCCUAGCACAGACUCGGACACGAUUACACAGGAACACGUGAGCGUUUGCAAAAGCAAAAGAAGAACUAAAAGAAGAAGGAACGAAAGACAUAAAAAAAGGACACACAACUGAGGCACACGUGUAAGGAGAUGUUCACUUUAUUAGCGGAUUUUAAUAAUCAUGUUGAUGACACACUAGUUGGGAGAUACUCGCGAUAUUAACAUCGUAGAAUUGUACUAAACGUUGGAAUCAAGUAAUGCAUGAAAAGCAGAGCGAUCGUUCACCAUGAAAUAUUUUUCAGGAGAGAAAGAGAGAGAGAGCGAAUACGUGAGAGAAAGAGAGAAAGGAAAAAGCGAGUAAGAAAGUGAAUGACAGAGAGGGAGAGAAAGAGAGAGAGAGACAUAGCGGUAGCUCGGUGUUCAAAAAGUCAGAAGUCUAAUAAGCUUAACAAUAUUAUUAUCGAGCGUUGAGAUGCUUUAAUAAAAGAAAAACUAAGUAAAAUGAGAAAAAAAAACGAAGAUUUGUAUAAACGUGUUCACAGGGAGCUCGUGACGUUCAUGUUGUUUAAGCCAAUAAGGAACGGAUUCCAUCCAAGACAAUGAUCGAAAGAGGGUCGAUCGGCUAGAGCAACUAUUUCGAUUCGGUGUAAAUGAGUUUGUUUGUUCGGCGUUGUUAUAAACGGGGAUGUGUAAAGAACGUUGUUCGAUUGUAAGCUUCGCAUUACGAUUUGCGUUAACGAGUGUCGCGGGAGACGUAACGAUGUUUCAUGCAUUAUUUCAUUUCAAUUCCCGCCAUCGAAUCCGGGUUACUUGUACGUUUAGCGGGGAGUGGUUUAGCCAGUUACUUACAAACAAUUGAAAGAAAAAAAGUGAACCUAGAUAUACACGAUAGAUCUCCUUGUUUGAGAGAGGAGCGAGCAGGUAGAGGAUGAUGAAGUAUGUAUGAGAGAUGAUGCGAUUUCGCGCGAGGAUGGAGGCUUAGGGAUAAGUAGAAGAUUAGUAAUGGUACAUACGUAUAAAUAUAAAUAUAUAAAUAUAUAAAUAUAAAUAUAAAUAAAUGACUAAAUAAAUAAAUAAAUAUAUAUAUAUAUACAUAUAUAUAUAGAACGCUUGAAUCGUAUAUAUUAAUGAUAUUAUAACUUUUUAUAAAUAUAUUUUUCCGUCGAAGUCUAGCCUAGUUGAUACAUACACAGUUACGACUAUUAAUUUAUCCGAUUAUUAUCGAGAUCUAGCGUUAAUUCGGACAUCUUAGGCAUCAUAGUUUUACAUAAUAGGCGAGUUGUACGAAUUGUAAGUCACUUGACGAGAGCGCGAGAGAGCGGAAGUAUGGAGAGAAUUAGUACCUAACGUUAAACAAAUUUAUUAUUAGCGUUGAACCUUCGAAACGGGAGUCUUCUUCCCUUCGCGGACAUCCCCUUGUCCCUCCCAAGUCCCCAGCCGUCGGAGGAUUUCGCCGAUCAGACGUUCCCGUUUAAAGCGCACGGCACACACACACACACACCAAGUGUGGAGAGUAUAUAUAUAUAUAAAUAUAUAUAGAUAUGUGUAUAUGUAAGAGGCGAGAGAAAAAAAGAGAGGACACUGUAUUUUUCGAAAUUCGCGUUUCAACGAAAACUCCAUUGCCACGACGGCCAGAAUCCCGCGAUCGUUAAUCAUUAAAAACGCGACGUACGACCGCGGAGGAACGAGACUUCCGUUUCGCGCUUUGUAAUUAAGUGAGAAAGAGAGUGAGGAAUCGGUGAAUGAGGAGAGAACGAGGGAAAAAAGGCUGCGGGACACGUUUCGCCGUUCCCGCCCUCCCCUCGGCGUGCGUCUUCACGGUCUGACGAACGGGAAGAACAGUAGUUGUCGGUGGUGUUUUUCCCCGACGGGGGUUGCUGGACGCGCCGGACCCCCGCGCGGCGUUGUAAAAUGAGCGAGCACUAAUAAUAAUAAUAACAACAUUAAUUAUAAUAUAACGGUAACGAUAACAGUAUAUGAUAAUUAAUACUUAAGAAUAAUCAUAAUAAUGUAAUAACAACAUUGCGAUACCAGAAGAUUUUUAAAGGGAAAAAAACCACUAUAGCAUUUAUCAACGAUAAAAUAACGAGAAUGUAACAUGUAUUUUGCUUCUUCCUAAUACAGUGCCGUUUACGCUAUUUUUUACUGUAACUAACUAGAAGCUCGGCGAAGUGUGCGUCCCGACGGAGGCGGCCGCCCGGCAGCAUGCGCUACUUUAAAACGCCGGUCUGUAUAUUUAGUCGGCCAAUGUGUAUCCUUAAAAGUAACCGUUCGCGGAGGAGCGCCCGGAUGUGACUCUGGCAUGCUUGGCGUCGUCGUCGUCGUCGAAGAGACCAGCGCGAUGGAAUUCUUUGAAGAUGCGCCGACCGACAAGGGGUGUCGCGAAUGCAAUGUGUGUGUACGUGUAUGGGUGUUUGUGCGUGCGUGAAACUUGGAUUGAUCAAGAUAAUCGCGUGUUUCUCCGCGGUUCCUCCUCGUCGAGAGCCGUUCGACGACUGUUCUCGCGGCCGCGCGCCGUUCCGCCCCCUCGGGUGAGCCCGCGGAGUCGAGAUGGAAAUUCGAAGCCGAAAAAUGCAUUCGGUCGUCGACCGGAUCGCACUUCGUCGCUGCGAGUUUCCUCUUCGUGCACUUAAUAUCGCGCCGUGACACUGUUCGGAUGCGGCGUUCUCCGUUCGAUUCUCGGCGGACACAUCCGGAAACGGAGGCCCUCGGAGGUCUCGCGAUAAAUGGCGACCUCGUGCGUUUCGCGCGGCGCAUCGUAUGUUAUUACUCCUGUGCUGCUCGUUAUAGACGCGCUCGCGAGCGGAAAUGCGCGUCGCGCCAUUCGCGAGACCCCCCAUUAAUCCCCCAUGUGAUUGAUGUUCCGCGCGAAGCCGACUAACAAGAAGGGGUUGCAAGUAGCGUUUAGCGUCGGGUGGUCGCGAUACCGAUUCCUAGCGUUUAAGAAGUCUCCGAUCAAAUCACUGCAAUUAUGAUAUCGCGCUACACGCAGCAGACACACGCGGACACACACUCGUCAAUUGAUCCGAUCGAUCGCGACGUCGAUGAUGAUGAUGACCCGUCGCCGAUCUCGCUCACCGAAUAUAGAAUCACAUCAUGUUUUGCAUACCGUAGCGAUUAUAUUCGUCGCGUGGAGAGUGUACCAACAUCGAUUGGAAGAGAAGAAGGGUUCUAUAUUUAACAGCGAGGUGAAACGGCGACACCUCCGGAACCCUCAUCGUUCGGGACAUCGUGGAUCGGCAUUGCAGGACUAUGAUGAUUAAUUCUGACGUCGGCGUCGGAGACGUCGAAGACGAACAGCUCGUCGAGCGGUCGCGCGUCUCAAAGCUAGUUGCGAUUUGGGGGAGAUCCUUCGAUUUGAUUAAAUCAGUCACAGUUUUGUGCAUGCGUGCGUGUAUGUUGUAUGCGUGUGUGCGUGUGUGUGUGUAUGUGUGUGUGUGUGUUUGCACGGGUGCGUGUAUGUAUGUGUGUUGCGCGCCUCCGCGCCGUAUAUAUUUAUAAAUUAUAUUCCGCAUAUCGGCGCGACGCGCCGAGCACGAAAAUUCGGGGCAACCAUCGUUAAUCGAACGCAGACACUCAUUCUGCACACAGGGCAGCGUGACGAUUCGUUCGUUCGUUCGUUUGUACGCUCGCGCGGUAGCAUUUUUCUCGAGGCCGACGCGCGAACGAAAUUACCCGUUGGUGGAUCCAGAGGGGGGUAAAGGGAGGCGGGAGGGAGAACGAUGCUAAUAAUAACGAUUAUUGCAUUAAUAAUGAAGGUAUAUUAUUGCCGAUAAUUAUAUUGUAACACGACACACACACACAUGGAGGAUGAUGAUAUUGAUACAAUUCUAUUUAUAAACCGCGAGAGAGGAGAGACGCGCGAGGUGUUUACCCCGGCGCGGGGGGAGGAAGCGCGGCGCGAGCGGGAGGAUUGUUGCAGGAGGAUUCUGGGGUAGAAGAGGCGGAUGUGCGGGAGGAGAUAGGUAGUUUGGCAGUAGGCUGAUGGUAGAGACACGGCACGUCUAAUAUUAACGAGCAAAAAAAAUAAUUAAAAAAGUAAAGUAUAAAAUAUCAUAAACGCGAAAAAAGGUACAGUAGUGGUUUACUAUUGGCUGACACGUAGUGUGAAUGCUGACAUAGGAGAAGCAUGCUGGCGAAGGGGAGCUUUUUGUCGAUUUUUCUGCGAUUGGGUGGGUGGUUGGAUGGAUGGAUGGAAAGGAGUCGUAACGUCGCGCGAUCCGCGAGACAUCGGGGAGGGUUGCAAGUUUCCGGAGCGCGUGCACGUGCUAAAUCGGCUUGUCUGGAUUGGGCUGAGUGCGAAAACGAAAGUGGGCUUUCAUUUCGCGCGAUUUACGUUGCCUCGGAUCCCAUUGAUGACGUUAGAUACGGAUUAUGUAAGACUGAUAUCUCUUUCCUUUCUCCUUUCUUUAUUUUCGACAAUGUAGAGUAAAAACUGUACAUGUUUCUUGUCGCUUGAUCGCCCUAAAUACCUGUCGUAUAGUUACCGCUACACAACAUUUACACUGUCUUUUUGUACUUUUGUACUUUGUUAUAUUUUCCACACAUUCGUUUGCAUUUGCUUAUGCUUGACAAUUAGAAAUUCAUGGUCGGGAUUUAUUGGGAACGAGUCGGUAGACUUGCAGAGAGACGCAUGGUGCGGAUGAGAUUAGUAAGAAAUAUGGGUAAGAACGCGAGAAACUGCCAGAGAGAGAGAGAGAAAGGGAGAGAGAAAGAAAGACAGCUGGAGAGGAUUAAAGGAUGAAAAGAGUGGGUCGAGAAUUUGUGAGGAAAGACUUGGGGGCGAGAGUACAGGGCGAGAGAGAGAAAGAGAGAAAAAGGGGAAAUUUAAUCGAGUGAGAGAGAAAGAGAGCGAGAGAAUGCGGAGGAAUGAUUGUAGAUUCGGAAAGUCACUUAGCCAGCAGACUGCUGUUCAUAGUGCCCUGUUAUAGUGGGUUCCCUAGGCAGAGUGGCAGAGACGCGGUUAAAAAAAGAAGAAUAAGAGGAAGAGAGAUAGAACAGAAUUCGUGUAAAAGUCAAGUGGGAAGGGACGGGGAAAGAUAGGCUUAGGGAGAGCGAGAAUCAACUAGUCUCAUUGUGUAAUACACCGAAAGUGCAUCUAGAUGCGAACAUGUGAGAUCCCGACCUGAUGACGACACUCGAGUUUCGAGAGGGUGCUCGCACCGAAAGUCAGCGUCGCGAGAGAUCACGGUAAAUUGCGCAUCGACAACGACGAGACGCGGAUUCGUCGUCAAACGAUUGCCAAACGAAAAAAUUGCGCAUCGAAAACGACGACGGUUCUCGUGCGAAACACGGUCUAACGCUGCUGGAUUCCUAGUGCGAUUACUCGUGUGGUUAUUUCGAGCCUUUAAGGGUGCAAUUAAGAGGACAAUGCGGACGGGAAGGAUCGUCUACCGGCCGUGACUUUGUAACUCGUUGAGACUUGUAGUCGUCUUUGACGUUCUGAUUCAACUUAGAUUCCGGGCCCCCGUGGAGAACUUUGAACGCGUGACAGGUACUGAAAG